UUCUCUUCAUCAUUAUCAUCAGCUCAAGCCUUCUCCAUUAGCAAUUACGUCAAACCCUUCUCCCACCCUUCUUGAGUUCAGUUCUCUUUGUUUCUUAAGAGGCCAACAUGGGAGUUGUUACCUACUCGCAGGAGAUCACAAGUGUCGUUGCACCAUCGAGGAUGUUCAAGGCUUUGUUCCUUGAUUCCCAUAUCCUACCCAAGAUCGUUCCCGGGGGCAUCAAGAGCGUUGAGUUCAUCGAGGGAGAAGGCGGAGUUGGUAGCAUUAAGAAAACCAACUUCGGUGAAAGCUCCCACAUCAAGUACACGAAGCACAAGAUCGAUGCUCUCGAUGCAGGUAGCUUUUAUUGCAAAUAUACCAUGAUCGAAAGCUCCCACAUCAAGUACACGAAGCACAAGAUCGAUGCUCUCGACGCAGGUAGCUUUUACUGCAAAUAUACCAUGAUGGAAAGCGAUAUCAAGUUCGACAAGAUCGACUGCAUUGUGGAAGAAGUGAAGUUCGUUGCGGCUGGCAGUGGAUGCGUCUGCAAGAUGACCAGCGAGUACCAUGUCAAGGAAGGUUGUGAGCUCAAGGAGGAGGACAUCAAGAAGGGCAAAGACAGAGCCAUGGGACUGUUCAAGGCUGUUGAGGAGUACCUUGUGGCGAACCCCGAUGUCUGCGCCUAAAUGCUUUUCUCAAGAUCCUUUCUGAGUGACGAUAGAGUAAAAUGAAUGGAAAGUUUGUAUUGUAUCUUGUGUUUUCCCUUUGGCUCUGCCUCGGAGCUUCUGGGUGAGGAAAGGUUGUUAUAGUGUGACUUCUA